AUGAAAAAAUUAGGUAAGGGCAUUAGCCUCAGUCGAUAUUUAAACAUCAAAAAAGAGACUAAAGAAAAUUUCACUGCCACCAAAAUGCAACUCAAUAAAAGUUUAAAAACUCCUCAAGACAGCACAAUUUUUCUUAAACUUUCUUUGCAUAGAAGCAUCAUCCUUGAUGAACAACAUCAACACCAUUUAGCCCAGAACAUCAAGGAUGAUCCUAUCAUUUUAAAAAGCCCAUUGAGGAAAAGCGAAAGAUUCUCUCAAAAAUAUAAAAACAAAACUUAA